AUGAAUUAUUCAUUAUCAUCUCACAGGGGUGACGCAGAAACCCUUUGUGAUGCAGUUUUGCACAAUCUUGGACAGGAAUGGGGUUUUGAAUUGACGAAGUUGAGGGGACAGGGCUAUGAUGGCUGUGCUACAAUGACUGGUGCGAUAUCUGGAGUUCAGAAAAGAAUUCAAGAUGCAUGGCUGGAGGCGAAAUAUUUCGUACAUUGCAAUUCACAUCGUCUUAAUUUGGUGAUAGUCAACACUUGUAAUAAAGUUGUUGAAGCUAGAAAUGCACUAACCAUACUUGGUAAGAUAACAUGGUUCAUAUGUGGCGUGAGCAAACGGAAAGCCAUUUUAAUGAAAGAGGUCAAACAAGGAAACAAAGAUUUAGAUUUCGAUUUACUCUAUGACAAUGAAGAUGCCCUGUUUGAAGCUGCAAUGAGACAGACCAUGAUGCCGAAACUAUCAGAGACUAGAUGGACGUCUAGGGUAGACACAUUGUCUUGGCUUUUGGCUCACUAUAAGUCUCUACUAAAUGUGCUUGAAAAUGUACAGUCAAAUUCUAAAGGUCAGGCUGCAGCCGAUGCUUCUUCAUAUCAUGCAGUGCUACUUAAAUUUGAUUUCAUCCUUGUAACAGUAAUGUUACAAUACACCCUAGGCUAUAUCAGACCGUUGUCCAUUCUGCUUCAGUCUGAGGCUUGUGAUCUAGUAAAAGCUCAUCAGGAGGCUAGAGAUCUUCUGGUAAUAUUUCAAGGAAUAAGGUCGGAUUCCGAUGCUAAGUUUCACGAUAUUUACGAGAGGAGCGCAUCAAUCGCAACUGAAAAUGAUGUGGUACCAACAAAACCAAGAAGCACGCAACGGCAAAGGCACAGAGCAAAUGCUCCAGUCGAAAGUAUCGAAGAGCAUUUUCGUGUUAACUACUUUCUACCGUUUAUUGAUCAUAUCAUUUCACAUUUGGAUUCGAGAUUCCCGGAAGAGCUGAAGGCAAUUUUCUAUGGAAACUACCUUGUGCCAUCGCUUGUAGGAAAAAUAAAAGAAGAGGUGGUCACUUCAAUGAAACAAGAAUACUCGGUAGACUUGCCAUACCGAAAUGAUUUUACGCAAGAAGUUCAUAGAUGGGUGGCAAAAUGUCAUAGAGACAACUUGUCGUUAGUAACGACGCUAACAGGUGCAAUUUUGUAUGCUGACCCUGAGUUAUAUCCAAAUAUCCAUUUGGUAUUAAAGUUGCUACUUACACUGCCGUUCGGCUCGUGUUCGUGCGAGAGAUCUUUCUCUGCUCUCCGACGGUUGAAGACGUGGUGCAGAGCUACAAUGACGGAAGAUCGGCUAUGUGGAUUAGCAUUGCUGCAUGUUCACUGGAAUGACGCUGUAGGGCAAGUUAGAGCUGAAUCAGUACUUAGAAGAUGGGAUUUAUUAGGAAACAGGAAGAUUCACCUUGCAUUUACGGCUGAUUAA